GUUCCAUGAUUUAUCAAGUGCAUCGUAUGUGUGAUAGUCUGCGUAUGUUGGAUUAAUUUCUAUUACAAUAUUUGAUUCUGGCUAGUUGAUGUUGUAUUGCACCUGCUUGCCUGGCCCAAUAAUCUUGCCCUGCUAGUAUAACUUAAGUCUGUCGCCCUAUUUUUAGCUAGGUUUAGGGUUUAUAGAGACGGAGGCCGCUUUAUUCCUGAUCACGGUCGCCAUGGCCACCCGAGGCGCAUCGGAGCAGGAGGACGAUGCUGGAUUGCAUCGGCCGCACCCAUUGGUAUGGCGACCUAGGCGCUGCCCGUGAGGCCAUCAGAAGGAACAAGACCGCCGUUGGACUCUGACAUGGACAACGGCCACUCCAUGACUCCAUGUACGUGUCCUUCACCCUUGCGGCUCCUCCAAGUCACGAGUUGCAGGCGCUUGUUCCAUGCGUGUCGAGCUCCAUGCGUGUCGAGCUCUGCGUCUUCAUCUCCAAGUCACGAAAGUGGACGUUCUUCCUCAACAAUGCCCCACAGAGCAAUGGCAUGUGCUUCCCCAACCUCUGGUCAACCGACCAUGUGCUCGCCUUCGAGGGACGUUUUCUGUGCUGGGUCGACUACUUCAGCGGUGUCAUGCUAUUCGAUUUCUCCGGCACCCGCUCCCCGGUGCUACAUUUCGUGCUGUUCCCCGGAGGAAUAGAGUACCCUGCCGAGGCGAGGGCAGCAGCAGCAACAGCGCCAAAAAAUCACCACUUAGACUUUGAACAUGACAUGCUGGUAGUGACUCCAGGUUCGAGUGGGAGCCGCAUCGUGUGAUCGACCUGGAGCGCCUUUCGGCGGAUCCUAGUGUACCUCAUCAGCAUCUUACCGAGUUCCCGAUCAUCAGCGCCGAUGAC